CGCCGCCUCUUCCCGCGACCUAGGUCUGCCUGUCGCACCCCGGCCCCUUCCCCCGUCCCCAGACUCAGGGUGGGGGCGGCAGAGGGGAGACGCCCAAGGUACUGACACCCCACGAUUCAACUUCGCGGGUCCGGAAACAAUCUGGAGAAGGAGGAGGCGAAGCUCGGCGCCAAGAGGCUGGGGUCUCGCAGGCUCUCCCCGAUUCCAGCUGACCAUGGCAUCAGAAGCAGAGAAAACAUUCCAUCGAUUUGCUGCCUUCGGGGACUCGGCCAGCAGUGGCGCUGAGAUAAACAACAAGAACUUCUCCAAGCUGUGUAAAGACUGUGACAUCAUGGACGGCAAGGCAGUCACCUCAAAUUCUGUGGACAUCGUGUUCAGCAAAGUGAAGGCCAAAAAUGCCCGAACCAUCACAUUUCAGCAAUUCCAAGAAGCAAUGAAGGAACUAGGCCAGAUGCGGUUCAAGGGGAAGAACCCAGAUGAAGCCCUGCAGGAAAUUUUUAAACUCAUGGAGGGCAAGGAACCAGCCACCACUGGUGUCACUAAACCAACAACAGCGGGUGCAGUGGACCGCCUGACGGACACCAGUAAGUACACGGGCAGCCACAAGGAGCGCUUUGACGAGAGCGGCAAGGGCAAGGGCAUCGCGGGACGGGAAGACAAGGCUGACAGCUCGGGCUACGUGAGCGGCUACAAGGGUGCUGGCACCUAUGAUAAGAAGAGCAGCAAGUAGGCAGGAGCUGUGUCUUCGCCCGCUAAUCUCCUGCCACCAAGGGCAUGAGGCAACAAUAAACAUCUGUGUGUGCAACAGUUAA